AUGUCAAACAUUACACAUGUGGCAGUAGUGUUUGUGGACCCCCACAGCCAAGUGGCCACAGAUGAGCAUGAUCCGUACCUGGACCUUUAUGAUAUGGACUAUGGGAUCCCAGCUGAGGAAAUGCCGGACACCACUCAGGGCCUGGCUUAUUUUGUGGCCACCAUUGUUAUUGGUGUUGUUCUUGUCUGCAUCAUGCUGGUAUGUGGCAUCGGAAACUUCCUGUUUAUAGCCACCCUGGCUCGCUAUAAGAAGCUCCGAAAUCUCACCAAUCUCCUGAUCGCGAACCUGGCCAUCUCUGAUUUCCUUGUGGCUGUUGUGUGCUGCCCUUUUUUGGUGGAUUACUAUGUGGUGAAACAGCUGUCCUGGGACCACGGGAAAGUGCUCUGUGCCUGUGUUAACUACCUACGAACUGUGUCUCUGUACGUGUCCACCAACGCCUUGUUGGCCAUUGCUGUGGACAGGUAUAUGGCAAUUAUUCACCCACUACGGCCCCGAAUGAAACAUCAGACUGCCUACUGUUUGAUAACAGGUGUGUGGAUUGUUCCGGUCAUCAUAUCCAUACCCUCUGCUUACUUUACCUCUGCGACCAAAGUGCCUUAUGGUGCCAACCGCAGUAAAACCUUCUGUGCUCAGAUCUGGACAGUGGACCAGCAGCUAUACUACCGUUCCUACUUCCUCUUCAUCUUCGCCGUGGAGUUCCUGUGCCCAGUCAUGAGCAUGGCCCUGUGCUACAUGCGUAUCUCCCGGGAGCUUUGGUUUAAAAGCGUCCCCGGUUUCCAGACGGAUCAGAUCCGGAAGCGCUUGCGUUGCCGGAGAAAGACAGUCAUGGUGCUCAUUGGGAUCCUCACGGCGUACAUUCUCUGCUGGGCUCCUUACUACGGUUACACCAUCCUGCGUGAUUUUUACCCCACUCUCAUCUCCAGGGAGAAGAACUCCCUGGUGGCGUUUUACAUUAUCGAGUGCAUUGCCAUGAGCAACAGUAUGAUCAAUACCUUCUGCUUUGUCAGCGUGAAGAAUAACACAGCUGUGUACUUCAAGAGGAUUGUGCUGCUUCGCUGGAAAUCAACGUACACCUCUAGGAAGACAGAUGUGAGGACAUUGUCCACACCUGUGACUGAGGAAAUUGACUGUAUACAACUGAGAUAA